UGAGUCCUACGCGUGUGCGCACAAUGUGUAGUGAUCUUUGAGAAAAAAUGUUGCUUGUUAACAUUGUUUUGAUUUUCGCGCUCGCGAGAGCUCAGGAGCUAGACGACUUUGAAUUCUACGACCCUGAAGAAAUGAUGAUAGCGCAGAAGUCGAGACAUUAUGAGACGAUAGUGAAACCGCCAGUUAAAAUAGUUAAGCCUCGUGGAGUAACCAAUUCCCAUAGACCGCAGUAUAACAUUGAUUCUAUAGAAGCUGACGAUGAUUUAGUUAAUAUAAGGAAAGAGAAGGAAGGCAUGAUACGGGACGCUGUGUUACGGGCUUUGGAAAAGAGGAAUAAUAUGGGAAAGUUUGCGCAAAUACUGCCAAUAAUUCGUGCGAUGUCGGGGAACCAGAGGGUGGCUUUGGCGUCUCUGGUCGCUAGCCAAGUUACCAAUCCACACGGGAAACAAUAUUUGAAUAUUAAUCAGGUGAGAUCACUACUCAACAACAACUCAACAGCCGACCUCAUGCUACCAAUCUUACUGGACACAGCAAACCUAUUCAGAAAAGCACUGCGUUCUGGCAAACAACCACGAGACAUAAGAUUCCCCAGACAACAGUUUCAAAGACGAUCUUACACAAAAGACACAUUUGACGACGAACCAUUUGAUAUUGGCGUACAAGAUCAAACCAGAUUAGAUACAAUAGUAAAUGCACAAGAACAAAAACAUGAACCGAAAACAGAAUCAGCUACACUUAAACCAGACAAAUUCAAAAUGCCACCAAGAAAUUUACUCACUAAACUUAAUAAUACAGAUAUUAAAGUUCAAAAUAAAACAGAUGUUGAUGAUAAUAGAAAUGUAUCCAGACAAUCAACAGAUUCUUCAAAGACAAAACUGGAACCAUCAACAAGAAACUAUGAUAAUGGGACCUUAGACCUGAUAACAGAUGCAACGAACCAAACAAUAUCCCAAGACCUGCCAGUUGCUGAAAAACUACGCUCUUUGAAUAGAUAUAUUGAUAGAAAAGGGAACCUAAUCCGUCGUGGUACCUACCCUCCAAAGCCGCCGCAGCGUCGAACCACAGCAGAACCUACUAUAGGCCCCAUCACUAGAAGACGACCCAUACCAGCCAGGAAGCUACCAGUGCCCAAUGAGCAUGCGCAAUGCGAGUUGUUUACUAAUACAUUGUGUCUGCAUAGUGAGGAUUAUCCAACAGACGCAAUAAUGCAAUCAAUAAGACGGAACAAAGCGGCUGGCGCAUUACUAGCUGACUUCAAGGAACCGGGCGAGGGUGCGGUGGACGGCAUCACAGCUGCGCAAGAGGCGAAAUAUACAGCUGAUCAUUACUUGAUCUCAAAUCGUCGCGGUGACACAGCAAACAGAGACUUCGCAGGCGCCGGUGAAGCUGGGUUCAUGUGUCCCAGUACUGUGAAGUACGCACGACCACAGCGAGCUAGAGCAACUUCAGGGCAGUGGAAGUAUAUCGUGAAUACGGGGGAGCACACGCAGACGUUGCGACUGGAGAAAUGCUUGAAACCAAAGGAGCCUUGUACAUACUUAACUGACAAUUUCAAAUCCAAAUGUGUUCAAGUUUAUAACUAUCACCGACUUCUAACUUGGGAUCAGCAGAAUGGAUUGCAUAUGGAUAUUUUUAAGGUCCCAACAUGUUGCUCAUGCCACAUCGAAGGCUACAGCGUAUCAUUCCCACCAGUGGGCCAGAGAGUCCACGAAACAUCAUCUGAACAUUUUCCCGGUGAAGACUUAUCCUCUGAACAGGGUAAUGGUGCUUAUGAAGAUGUCCAACAGAGCGUGCAUCGACCAUCUCUCAACAAAUCACCUGGCUUUGGCUUCAGCAAACCAACGGAAUCCUUUACGUCUUAUGGUGACACCCAAAAUGAUCAUAGAGUAUCAUCGUUUUCAAGCUCUAAAGUAAAUAUCGAUGACCUUAACAAUAUACAAACAGGCCCUAAAGAUUCAUACGGCAAUUCGUACUACGAUACAUUUAAUCAGGCUAGUUCAAUUAGAAGCGUCAAAAGACCAGUACCAAGAAAUCCUGCUGGUCUAGGAAAUCCUCCUAGUUUAUUAGCUUCAGACUCAGCUACAUUACCUAGCUACUUGGAACCACCUACACCAUCAGCUCCUUCAUCAUCGUUUUCGUUUUCAAAGGAUUCAGUAAAUAAAUAUAAAAUUAAUGAUCAGUAUAAACGAACACCGGUGCGACCAAACCGCAGGCCUAUAAGGAAAAAGAUUUCAGCUGUACCCGAUGACCUAAUGUCUUCUGGGACAUCAGCGAUAGGAGCAUAUCAGCCAGAAUCCUUUGAUACUAUUGAAGAAAUGGAUGAUGAUCUUGAAGAACCUAAUGUUGCUCCUAUCAGUCACAAUGUGCCAAGACCAACGAUCGCAACAAAAUUGCAUUCUGUUACAGAAAAUAAGUUUAGUCACAACCGUGAACAAACAAAUAUGAAAACGUCUGGAGACGAUAGUGGUAAAAAAAUAAAUUAUAAUUACCACCCUAUUAUAGAUUUCUUUGGUGAUGAAGAAAAAGAAGAGAAUGAAUCAAUAGAUAGAGAAGAUAAUUUAGAUUCGUAUUCAACUUCUUUAGAAUCGGAAUGGAAACCGAUUAAUCACACUCCUAUAGAUAGGAGGAAGCAUUAAAAUAUAUUAAGUUAAUUAAUUAGAUUAAAUGACAUUUAAUUCUUUAUAAGAAACUCUUAGGUUAAAAAUACCGUAAGCUUUACUUAGUCGUAAUAUUUACAAACUUACUUCAUGACUUCAUGAACGAAACCAAAUUUUGUAACUAUGUGUACAUAGUUAAUAUUAUUAUUUAUUUAAUUUAUAAUUAAUAAUUUAUUUUCUAGAUAAGACUUCAAUUGUCUUCCUUUAUUUGUUAAUGACUAUACUUGUUAUCAUGAAAACUUGCCAGUGCAAUAUGACACUUAUGGUCUAAAUUAUUUUAUUACAAAAUGUGUAUUUCUUUUAAGGUGUUUCAUUUUUUGUUAAGAUCAUGACGUUCUUAUAUAAUUUACAAUUGAGAAAGAUUGCGUUGUUAUUCAUUGUUAUGGAUAAUUUAAUAUUACUCAACUGUGCGUAUUUUCUUUGCGGAAGAUUGUUGAUACUGUUUUUGCGAUGUUAUCUCUUUUUAUGAGGAGAAAAUUAAACAACCGUUUCAGAAAUAUAUUCUUUUAUUAAACUUGAA